CAUCAGCCCAGCUGACACAGAGCUGCGGUCUCCGGGGGACCUGGCGGGGCCAGCUGGAGAGUCUCCAAGCGGUCACCCGAGUCGCCAUGCCCCUCCUUCCUGGGAGCGCCUCCUCCUGGUGCAUGCUGCGUCCCUGCCUCCUGCUGCUGACCCUGGUGGGGCUGCUCCCCCUCAGGCCCGUCCUAUGCCAGGAAUGCACCAGGUCCAAGGUCAGAACCUGCGAGGACUGCAUCCAGUCGGGGCCUGACUGUGCCUGGUGCCAGAAGAUGGACUUCACGGACCCAAGGGAGCCCGACUCUGCCCGCUGUGACACCCGGGAGCAGCUGCAGAAUAAGGGCUGUGAAGCCAAGGACAUCCUGGACCCCAAGAGCUUCGCCGUGCCCCAGGGAGACCCGCAGGGGGGAGGCACACAGCUGUCCCCACAGCAGCUGGCCCUUUACCUGCGGCCAGGAAAGGUAGCUGCAGUCAAUGUGGUCUUCCAGAGGGCCCAGGACGCCCCCAUCGACCUGUACCUCCUGAUGGCCCUGUCGGACCCCAGGCACAGCAACCCCGCCGACAUCCAGAGGCUGGGUCGCCACCUGCUCCAAGCCCUCAACCGGACCACCAGGUCUGCCCGCAUCGGAUUCGGCUACAUUGUGAAGGAGACCUUCCGGCACGCAUUGAAGCUGACGGACGACGCCAACCGGUUUCUGAUGGAGGCUGGGAAGCUGCUGAUUUCCGGGGAGCUGGACACCCUGGAAGGCGGGCUGAACGCCAUGAUGCAAGUGGCCGCCUGCCCGGAGGAAGUUGGCUGGCGCAACGUUACUCGAAUCCUGGUAUUAGCUACUGACCGCAGCCUGCGCUAUGGCAGCGAUGAGAAGCCGGGCACCCUCCUGACCCCCAGCGAUGGCCGCUGCCACCUGAAGGAUGACAUGCACAAGAGCGGCCGCGGCUCUGACUACCCAUCGGUGGGCCAACUAGCACACAAACUGGCAGAAAGCGGUAUCCAAACCAUCUUUAUGGUGACCGCGCGGGCAGUGAAAAGCUAUGAGAAACUCACCGAGAUCAUCCCCAAGUCAGCUGUCGGGGAGCUGUCUGACAACUUCAGCAACGUGGGGCAGCUCAUCAAAAACGCCUAUAAUAAACUGUCCUCCCGCGUCUUCCUGGACCACAGCCCCCUCCCCGACACCCUGAGGGUCACCUACGACUCCUUCUGCAGUAACGGGGCGUCUCACAUGGGCCAGCCCAGAGGAGACUGCGAUGGCGUGCAGAUCAAUGUCCCAAUCACCUUCCAGGUGAAGGUCACGGCCACCGCCUGCCUGCAGCAGCAGUCGUUUGUCAUCCGGGCCCUGGGCUUCACAGACACAGUGACCGUGCGGGUCCUCCCGCAGUGCCAGUGCCAGUGUCAGGACCAGAAGCAGGACCGCAGGCUCUGCGGGGGCCAGGGCUCGCUGGAGUGCGGCAUCUGCAGGUGUGAUGCUGGCUACAGUGGGAAGAACUGCGAGUGUCAGACACAGAGCAAGAGCAGCCAGGAGCUGGAGGGAAGCUGCCGGAAGGACAACAGCUCCCUCGUGUGCUCGGGGAUGGGUGACUGCGUCUGCGGGCAGUGUAUGUGCCACACCAGCGACGAACCCAACAAGGAGAUCUUUGGGCGGUACUGUGAGUGUGACAGUGUCAACUGUGAGCGGUACCAAGGCCAGCCCUGCGGUGGCCCGAAGAGGGGUGAGUGCUUCUGCGGCCAGUGCCAAUGCAAGCCGGGAUUCGAGGGCUCAGCCUGCCAGUGCUCGAGGUCCACCGCAGGCUGCCUGAACCCACGCGGAGUGGAAUGCAGCGGCCGCGGCAGGUGCCAGUGCAACACGUGCAAGUGUGACCCUGGCUACCAGCCGCCCCUGUGCGUGGAGUGCCCGGGCUGCCCAGCACCCUGCAGCAGCUACACCUCCUGCGUGGAGUGCCUGAAAUUCGCCAAGGGCCCCUACAAGAAGAACUGCAGCGCUGCGUGUGUGAACGUGAGGCUGCAGAAUGCCACCAGGAAGGGCAAGUCCUGCAAGGAGCGGGACUCAGACAACUGCUGGAUCUCCUACACCAUGCAGCAGCGGGACGGGAGGGACAGCUACGACAUCUAUGUGGAGGACAGCCGAGAGUGCGUGUUGGCUCCCAGAAUCACCAGCACGAUGUCAGUGGUAAUAGGCAUGUGCUGUGUCUGUGUGCUCAUUUUUCUCCUGGUGGUCAUCUAUUUGAUCCUGACCCACUUCAUGAAGGGAGGAGCUCCAGCCCCGACAGAACCACAAUAACCCACUCUUCAAGAGCUCUCUCGUCAACUCCUGAGACUGCUGAGAGCUAGAGCACAGGUGAAAGUAAAGUGGCUACCACCAGCCAGACAAGACUCUCAAGCUCCGCCCCCUGCCUCCUGUGACCCUCAAGCUCCGCCCCCUGCCUCCUGUGACCCUCAAGCCCCGCCUCCUACCCCUUGCCACUGUGACUAGCUUGCAGGUCAGAGCAGAAUCACCAAUGACCCAAAAGUCCGCUCUACCUUCUGCCUUCAAAAUGGCAGAUCUGUCUGGGUUCUAUAUAGUUAUCCUCAGGGACCACCUCCUUUCUGAACCUCUUAAAUCCU